AGAGUGGUGAAAAAAAAUCAAAGCAACCAACAAUGUCAAAUGGACCUUCCAACUCGCCUUGACUAUGCUCUCUUUCAGCUCACUCCAACUCGGACGAGAUUUGAUCUGGUGUUGUUCUUUAGAGGGAAUAGUGAGAAAUUAGCUUCUGGGUUGUUUGAACCUUUCAUUUCUCAUCUUAAAAUUGCAAGAGAUGAAAUUUCAAAAGGGGGAUACUCCAUUACUCUUCGCCCACCAAAUCGUGAUGCCUCCUGGUUCACUAAAGCUACAUUUGAGAGAUUUGUGCGGUUUGUUAGCACACCAGCAGUGCUUGAGAGGUUUGUCAGUCUCGAAAAGGAGAUUUUGCAGAUCGAGGUGUCAAUUCAAGCUAACGAGUUGUCAAACGCUAGUGUGCCUGGGCAAGUGGAGCAAGGUAGUGAGGAUGGUAAUAUAAGGAAGUCAUCUGAUUCCUCUAAGCUGAAAGGUGAACUUGAAAGACACAAUGAUACUGAACAAGAAGAGAACUCGAAGAUUCAACUUCAACGUCUGUUGGGAACUCGGAAAGCCUUGCUCCGGAAAGAGCAAGCAAUGGCUUAUGCCCGUGGGCUUGUUGCUGGAUUCGAAGUUGACAGCAUAGAUGAUCUCAUUUCUUUUGCUGAUACAUAUGGAGCUUCACGAUUAAGGGAAGCAUGCAUAAAUUUCAAGGAAUUAUGCAAGAAAAAACAUGGCGAUGGUCUUUGGAUGGAGGAACUAGCAGCAAUGGAGGCAUGCUCCCCAUCAGAACUGUCAUUAUUGGGGACAUCUGGCAUUGUACUUGCGAAUGAAACCAUCACCCCAAAUCAGAGUGUUCUCUUAAAUUUUACAUCUAAUGGUAAUCCCAGGCCAAAUGAAUCUUUGGAUAUGUCAAAAUCUGAUUCAACUGCGAGUCGUGCAAGUUCAGAUGGCAAAAAAGAUGAUAACUUGCCUGCGAAAGUUCAAGUUCCAAUAACAUGGCCAAACCAGUUACCACAGUAUAUGUAUGGUUUUCAGGGCCCUAUUCAACAACUGCCUCCUUAUCAAGGGUACCCUUUUCCUCCGAUGCACCCUCACUAUGCAGGGAAUAUGCAAUGGCAAGGUGAUUAUCAUAGGAAUCAUAAGUCAUCUUCCCGAAAGAAAGAAAAUUUUCUUAACAGAAAAGGUUCUGAACAUUCAGAAGAAGAUGGACAAACUGAAUCCAGUGACUCAGACUUUGGGAGUGACUCAGAUUCAAUCAUACAGCAGGAGAAGAAUUCUUCAACUGAGCAUUCAUACAGGAAAAAGCAUAGGACGAAGUCCUCCAGAACAGUUGUCAUUCGAAAUAUUAAUUACAUUACUCCUAAGAGGAGAAAUGGAGAAAAAAGUGGAGGGUCUGGUGAAUCUUCUUCAGAUGAGAAUGAGUUCAUCGAUCAAGAUUCCUUCAAAAAGGUAGAUGAUGCAGUUGGAUUAUUGAAGAAAUCUCGAAAGUCGAACUCAAGUAAUAAAAAAAAUAGAGAUGCUAACAAAAACCUCCAUGUUGCAAAUGGAUCAAAUGAUGCUAGUGACCAGGAUUUUGACAAUAACUCAGUUGCAGAUGUGUCUAAGAGAGGAAAGGGAAAUGAAAACUGGGAUGCAUUCCAAAAUCUUCUCAUGAGAGAUGAGGAUGCAACGGUUAAUGGUGUAGAAAGGAUGCACUCAAUGGAUGUUCGGGAUGAAGAGUUAAUUGUCAGAAGCUCUGAAGGUGGAAUUUCUUCUGCAACCAGCUCUGCUGUGGAUCCAGAAUCUGAAAAAGUUCCCAAGCAAAGGAUAAUUGCAGCUGACUCCUUUGUUGUAAAUGAGAGGGAAGGAGGAAGUGAACAUAGAGCUAAGCUGGAAGGUUUUGAAAAUGAAGAGAACUUCCGCUCUGUCUUGAAAAGAGGGGAUUGUACAGAUGCAGAUUUGUUGUUUUCACAGGCACCAAAAGAAUCUAGUUGUCAUUUUGAUGAUAUUGUAUCUGCUGCUGAUUCAUCUAUAAUUAAGACAGCAAAGGCAGAAGAUUGGUUUGUAGCCAAUCACUCUGGGAAACCAGAAAACCAGCAAUCAACCAGAGAGCAUGCAAUCUUUGAUGGAGAUAUGUCAGUAGGGGAUCACUUCCAGAUUGAGAAACACAGGAAAGACGUACUUAUUGAUGAUUCCUUCAUGGUACAGUCUCAACCAGCAACUGAUGAUUUAUACGAUUCCCAAUGGAGAACAGACAUAAGCAUGGUUGCAGGCCUAACUUCAGCUGCUAACCCUGGAAAUGUUGCUGCAAAUGUCUCACAAGAUAAGCAUGAAGUAUGUGAACCUGAUGACUUGUGUAUGGUGCUUGAAAGAGAAUCUAAAUUUGAAUCUGUGAAUAAUUCAUGGAAUGUGGAUCAUGGAGUCGACGUGACACUUGAGGAAGCUAAUAGGAGGUUCUCAGAUGCUGAAGAUAAGAGGCUUUCUUCAAAUUCUGAGGCCUCUGUUGUUAAGAAUAAUGAAGUUGAUGGAGCAAAAUAUCCAGGAACAGACGCAAAGUCUAAAGUUACUCGUGGAUUAAUUGGGAAGACCAAACCUGAGCUAAUUUCAAAGAGCAGGAAACCAUUUGUGAGUAGGCCGGCAGUUCAGAAGAGCACGUUGGAGAAGGAAGAAGAGAUUCGGAAGAAGAUGGAAGAAUUGGCAAUUCAACGGCAGAAAAGAAUUGCUGAGAGAACUGCAGCUAGUGGUUUGGCUCCAGUAGUAUGCAAGAAAGUACCAUUACAAAGUAAAACAACGAAAGGAAGCAUUACUGCUGACAAGAAUAGAACUCGUUCUGCAGCUCAAGAGACAAACAAGAUUGUUUCUUCUAGAAUUGGAGCAUCUUAAGGAAAAGCUCAAACGUGAAUGGUACUUAAUUGCAUGUUCUUCAACGUUAGAUCACAGCUGAUCCAACUGCUGGAGCUGAUAUCAGCUUGUUAUUACCAAUUCCUUUAAGAUUUCUACUACUUCUUGUGUAGUUUGCUCCCACUUAAUGUAUAGUUUUUGUUUUAGUUAUAUAUUUUUUCUCUUCCGUUGUUUUCUACAGGCGGCAUAAUCUGAUUAGAGACUUGAUUGAAGUCUAAAGGUGUCAUUAUUUGUAUUUUAGGGAAAUAAAUAAUCUGCCAAGAGUUGUAAUUUUUAUUUUCUGGAAUUCUAAUUCUUUGAACCCUGUAAAACUUAAAGAUUCCUACAUAUAUUUUGUGGCAGUGAAUGAUUGUUUACAUGGAUUAUGGCAGCAUAUAUCUUAAAGGAGCCAUUACUUGUU